AUGGGAUCCACAAACGAGCAUGCAACAUACAUAUUGUCUUUUUAUGUCAAUAAAGGAACACAUCCUCCAACUGAAAACGACCAAUUCAUCAAAUUUGGUUUUUACGUUAUCAACAACGAUAAUUAUGUUUGUACCCUCAGUAACGUACCGGUGACAAUUCGUUUACCAGCUGUCUGUGUGAUUAUCAAAGUUAAAAAUUAUGAUCAACAAACAUCUGAAUGGAUGCGGCAAAAGUGA